UGCGAUUGCCUUGAUCAACUGUUCUGCCUUUUCAUCUUGUACGGUAAAUCUGCAUUCAAACCCAAUUGGGUGACUGAAGUCAUAAGGAUUAGAAUAGAAGUCAAUAUGGGAAGUAAAGACCCACCGA